AUGGCGCAAAUUUUAAUUCUGGAAGCAUUCUACGGUGGAUCUCACAAGCAGCUGAUAGAUGUUUUAGUCAAGAACUUUACUGAAGAAGAGUACGAUCUGCUUACGAUACCAGCGAAAAAAUGGCACUGGUGUGCAAGGAUGAGUGCGCUACACUUUGCAGGAUGCAUACCCGCCAUCCAUCAGUACCGAACAAUCUUCUGCAGUUCGGUGUUGAAUCUAUCGGAACUGAUAGGCAUGCGAACGGAUUUGGCCAGCUGCCGAAAGGUAGUUUACUUCCACGAGAACCAACUGUGCUAUCCGGUUAGGGAUAGUAAGCAGCGCGAUGUACAGUAUGGAAUCAAUCAGAUAACAAGCUGCCUGUGUGCGGACAUAGUGUUGUUUAACUCACGGUACAACAUGACCUCUUUUUUGGAGAGUGUGCAAUCAUUUCUGAACGGCGUACCAAACAUGAGCUUCAAGGGAGUGCGUGAUCGAAUUGCUCCUAAAUGUGAAGUGUUGUAUUUUCCUAUCGAGUUUGGAAAUCUUUCAACGAGGUCUAUUAAAGGGGAGGGUACAGAUAACAAACCUCUUCACAUAAUUUGGCCCCAUCGAUGGGAACACGACAAAAAUCCUGAACAGCUUGCAGAGGCACUGUUGGCACUGCAGGAAAAGGGGGUAAAUUUUCACAUUUCGAUACUCGGAGAAAGGUUUGAAACAAUCCCAAACUGUUUCGAGACUAUCCGGGAUCAGCUUCACGGGAAGGUGGUACAGUUUGGACCACUGUCUAGAGCGGAAUAUCUUCGCACCUUAGCGGAAGGUGAUGUGGUACUCUCCACUGCCCUUCACGAGUUCUAUGGAGUAGCAAUGCUCGAAGCAGUGUACAGUGGCUGUGUUCCACUUGCUCCGAAUCGCUUAGUUUAUACAGAACUAUAUCCAAGCGAUAAACUUUUCAACACGACAGCACAAUUGGUAAAGCAGCUUUAUAAUUGGUGUCGAAAUCGUAUGCUUUUCGAAAAGCAUCGAGAUGCCUUUUUCAGUCGAAUCAAUUUGGAUGUUUAUUCGGCUGAGCAAUUAAUCCCCCAAUUUGUCGCUAUAAUAAGGAAUGCAACCUGA